CAGCUCUAUAAUAACACAACUAACCACCACAUCUUUACACUCAGAUAAAAACACUAAUAGGUGGCCGCCGACGCGCGUAAAAGAGGAAUUUCCAAACGCUUCGUCUUUUUUUUCCAUUUUCUUUCUAAUUGCUGCGUUUCAUGGAGGCCGCGCACCAUCCACGUAUAUAGCCACGAUUAAAAAGAGAAAACAGACAAAGGAAAAAAAAAGAAGAAAGGUGAAAUGACUUGACAGAGUUGGGUUCUGUGGCGGAGGAUGGGUUAGUGACAGUUAAUGGAAGGAUGCGGGACUUUGGUGAUGCGCGCACGGCAGGUGUCCCCGACGGCGCCGCGGAGCCGAGCCGGAGCAGGAGGAGCCGCUUUCUAGCAGAACUCUGACUGGAAGCGCUGUCGGUGGUGAGUGAGGACCAGACCAUAUUCGAGCCGCCCUACGCCGCCGCCCCCACCAUGCACAUGAAGACCGAGAUGACGUCGCCCGGGGUGUACGGCCAGGCCUCCAAGCAGAGUCCUGAGCCCACUGAGUCAGAGUGGGUGGCGUCGGCAGCACAGAAUCCUGUGAAAAGAAGCGAACACGUCAAUGGCACCAGCCGUGAGUCUCCGGUGGACUGCAGCGUCACCAAACGAUCCAGACACGUGAGCGACGACGGCGCCCCGAUGCUGUACCAGACCCAGUACCCGGAGCCUCGCGUCAGCCCCCAGACCACCAGCCCACUCAGCAACCCCACCGAGGAGAAGCGGGUCAUCGUUCCAGCAGAUCCCGAGGUGUGGACCCAGGACCACGUCCGACAGUGGCUGGACUGGGCCAUCAAGGAGUACGUCCUGGAGGAGGUGGAUGUCAUGCUCUUCCAAGCGCUGGACGGCAAGGCCCUCUGCAAGAUGACCAAAGACGACAUGAUGCGGCUCACAUCGGCCUACAACGCAGACAUCCUGCUGUCACACCUCAGUUACCUCCGGCAGAGUAGUCCCACAUUCUCCUACCCCACGACCCCCAGCACCACCACACCGCCGCCUGCACCACAACCCAGGCUACAGGUGAAAGCAGAGGGCGGUUUUGAUGAGAUCAGCCGCAGGAACAGCUGGCCGGCCAACGCCAUGACUCCUGCGGUCCCUAAAGGUUCCUCCCUGGAGCACCAGCCCUCCACCAGGGUUUCGGAGCCGGCGCCGAGGAUUGUGCAAGACCCGUAUCAGACGCUGGGGCCCAUCAGCAGCCGACUAGCCAACCCAGAAGGCCAAGCCGUCAGCUCGUCCAAGCACCGAACAAGCAAACAGAGCCCGUACAAGCUCCCCGACCCCAGCGCUCACAGGCCUGUGGGCUCGGGGCAGAUCCAGCUGUGGCAGUUCCUGCUGGAGCUCCUGUCCGACAGCAACAACUCCAGCAUCAUCACCUGGGAGGGAACCAACGGCGAGUUCAAGAUGACCGACCCGGACGAGGUGGCCAAGCGCUGGGGCGAGCGCAAGAGCAAGCCCAACAUGAACUACGACAAGCUGAGCCGCGCGCUGCGCUACUACUACGACAAGAACAUCAUGACCAAGGUGCACGGCAAGCGCUACGCCUACAAAUUUGACUUCCACGGCAUCUCGCAGGCCCACCAGAGCCACGCGGCAGACGGCGGCAUUGUUAAGUACCAGACUGAGAUGGCUUACGUCCAGCCCUACCACAGCCACCAGCCCAAAAUGAACUUCAUGGGGGCGCAUCCGGCGCCCAUGCCCGUCUCCCCCGGCAACUUUUUCGGGCCUCCGUCAACAUACUGGAACUCGACCAGCAGCCCCAUCUACCCGGGGUCGGCCAUGACCCGGCACCCCGCCACCCACUCCCACCUGAGCUCGUACUACUGAGGACGCCGUCCGUCCCGCGUGGUCGGGACGACGCAGGAGAAGAACCCAAGUGUUGCCCCGCCGCGGCGGCACCCGAGCUGAACCCCGUCUGAAAAGGAAGGCGACAUGACGCUACGGUCCAUUUUGUAAAAGGCAUUACGAUGUUUUCUCCGAAACAUUCCUUCUCAGAAGUGGACAGAAAGCGAGGGGGCUGUACUCCUCCCAGGGUUUUCUGAAUUAUAAACACACUGUAUUAAUGUAAUUCACUUGUUUAGUUUCUUUUUGCUUCAUUUUUAAAUAUCUCGCUAUAAAUACCAAAGCCAUCGCCGUGUGAGUAGCAUGCAAGUUGUAUCGCGGUUCUCUUCACUGCGCGGGUCUCAUUUAAAAAAAAAAACAAAAAACAAAAAACAAAAGACCCGACUUUUUGUAAAAGAAAUUGUACAGAAUGGUUUUCUUGUAACAAUAAACGCAUUAUCUGAAG